UCUAUUUCAUUCAUUGUCAAAAAUGUCACCUGUAGUCUGGAUUUUGUGUCAAAAACAUACCAAAACAGAGAGUUAAACUUUUGUAUACUUUUUUAUUAUUUUCUUUUAUUAUUUAUUUUGUAUUAUCUUACUGAAAUCAUGUUAGGUGUGUUUAUGUACAUAUUUGAAUUAAAGAAGGAAUUACUUGUUGGUUUUUCUUUAUCAAUAUUGUACAUAACCUAUUAUCUAGUGGAAGUGGUCAAGAAGCCUAUUCUAAUAUGCCGUGAAGGAGAAUUUCGAAAAUUUUUGGAAGAAAACGUCCCUCUUUUGAGCGAACAUUAUUGGCCUACCCCAUGGUGCGUGGAGUCUAGACUGCAAACAGUUUUAGGCUCUGUGCUGCGUUCGCGGCUUCUGCCGCCGGUAAAAUACCACAGACAGGUGCUGCGGCUGUCGGACGGCGGACAGGUGGCGCUGGACUGGGUGGUGCGCGGCGCGGGCGCGGGCGAGGCGCGCGCCGUGCUGCUGGUGCUGCCGGGGCUCACGGGCAGCGCCGACGCGGACUACGUGCGCAGCCUGGCCGCCGCCGCCGCCGCGCUGCAGGCCCGCUGCGUCGUGUUCAACAACCGCGGGCUCGGCGGCCUGCCGCUCACGACGCCGCGCCUGUACUGCGCCGUGAGCCACUCCGACCUGGCCGAGGCGGUGCGCUGCGUGCGCGCCAGCUGCGGCGACGUGCCGCUGCUGGCGGUCGGCGUGUCGCUGGGCGGCCUCAUCCUGGGACACUACCUGGCCGAGAACGGCGAGGCGGCCGCCGUGCACGCGGCUCUGGUCGUGUCGUCGCCCCUGGACGUGGUCAAGGGCUCGGAGUGCAUGGAGCGUGCUCCCCUAAAUGCGCUACUGUCCUACCACAUGGCUCGCAACCUGCGCAACACGCUGCGCGCGCACGAGCCGCUGCGCGAGGGCCCGUGGGACUGGCGCGUGGUGGACCGCGCACGCUCCGUGCGCGAGUUCGACGCGGCCUUCACCACGAAGCACUUCGGGUUCGGGUCGGUGGAGGCGUACUACCGCGCGGCCACGCUGCGCGACAAGCUGGCGCGCGUGCGCGUGCCGCUGCUGUGCCUGUGCGCGGCGGACGACCCGUUCCAGCCGCUGGGCGCCAUCCCCGUGGCCGAGGCGGAGGCGGCGGGGCGCGGCGGGCGGCGCGUGGCGCUGGCCGUGACGGCGCGCGGCGGCCACAUCGGCUUCCUGGAGGGCUGGUGGCCGGCGCGCGACGCCCCGCAGCAGUACAUCGCGCGGCUGGCGGCGCAGUACUUCGCGGCGCUGCUGGCGCGGCCCUCGCUGCUGCACGCGCCGCCCGCCGCGCCCGCGCCCCCCCCGCAGCCUCUCUGACCGCGCCCGUCUCAAGCUUCGCCUUCGUGUUUUCUAUCGAAAUGUUACUUUAUUAUAAUGCUGAUGUUCGUGUAAGAGCGAGGCUUUCUACACCGACGGCUACAUAUCGUAAGUUACUUUAGUACACUGUGAUUUAACCAUUUAAAUGAAAUAUUUUAGUUUUACAUAGUCUAUUGUAUUAUUAAGGUUGCAUAAUAUAGAUAUAAAAGACGAUAAACGCACGCGUUACAAUUUUGUACUGUUAUCUAAUUUUUACACAUGAAUGAGGAGAAUCCUAUUCAUGUAAAUGGGCCUUAAUAGUUGUUAGUGCGUUUGUCACAAGCGCACGAAAGAUAUAUAGUAUUAUUAAUAUAUUAUUAUACACGUUACAUUUGUUGCAUUUCAGAUAAUUUAUUAUUAUAUUAUAAUUUAAGCAUUUAAAGAGUUUGUUCUUUUAUAGUCCUUCAUCGGGCAAUUGUACAUAGCUAUAACCGAAUCAGAUCGCUUGUACUGAGAAGUAGUGUAGUAUAGAGCGUCCACACAGCAUGUAGCUCUUACAAACAAGUCCCUGACGACAGACUGACGAGCGACAGAAACGAACUUGAUGCCUUGCCAUGCUUGCUUUCUGACGAAACAUGCGCACAGAUGAGGUGGGCGAGAACAAUAUCGCAACUAGAACUUUUUUAUAGUUCUUAAUCCUAGCUAAGUAAGUGACGUAAAGACUGGAUGCUAGGGUUCCGCACAAAUAUUGUGGUUGUAUCCGUCGAAUAAAAUAUUUUGGAUGUUAAUACGAA